AUGUAUUUUUGUUUCCUCAUUUUCAUUGCAGAUUGCUUUGAACGCAUUGCUCUGGAGGCUAUGAUGCCAUUUGAGAAGACAUUUCGCACCGAAGAUACCAAUUCGUUGAGAAGUUGCAAGGAGAAGUGUCUGCAGGAGGGUGACAAGUGUCAAUCAAUUUCAUUUGGUGUUCAUCGACGUGGAAAUGGUACCUGUCAAUUGUCGAAAGAAAAAUUCGGUGGUUCGGGAGGAAGACCAAACGGGGUGAUAUUUGAUCCAGACUUUGAUUUGUAUGCGCGUAAAACAAAUUGUUUUGAUUUGGAUGAUCCGAAUGAGAAUUUGGCUGAAACGAGCGGGUAUGGUAGUAGUUUGGCACCCACAACUCCCGUAUUCUUGUCCACAAGGCCUUCACCUGGUACACCACUCUUGGUGGUUGAUCCCACACCCACGGUAAUAACCACGGUGGAAGAUGAAAACACAAGAUAUCCCUCGCCCACAUCUGGAUAUAGUGAGACAACGCUAUACAAUCGGGGUCAACAAACCACAUUGGAUUCUACGGUACCCACCACACCUGCCUCACCGAAUGGAGAUCGAUUGUAUUUUUCUCAGGAUGUUUAUCCUUUGUUUAAAUAUCCCACAUUGUAUGAACCCAAUUAUCCUGCCCCGAAUCAAGAUGUCUAUAUACCUGGUGGCUAUGCUUCCAAUGCUCAGGAGGUGGGUGAUCGUCCUACAUCAUACGAUGGCUCAAGGCCACCACCAGUUCCACAACAUCCCAAUGGUCCACCAAAACCAAUAUUUGGUCUAGGUUAUGGUAAUGGUUAUAGUUAUGGCCUGCCAGAAUCAUAUAAUCCUUCCACAAUGCGGCCCGAAGAUUCAGGUUAUUCUCCGAAUUCACCAAGACCCAAUAGACCCAACUAUGAAACUUCUCACCGUGAUCCCAUGCGUUUGCCAGGUUAUGAUAAUACCACACCGGGAUACUAUUCCGAUUCAAGACCCUCGAAUAAUGAACAUAAUUCGGCCACAGCCCCCUAUGGUCCCAGGCCGGGAAAUGGUGAUUCGACAUCUUCCACGUCACCUUACGGUUCCAGACCAACAAAUGGAGAGAAUAAUGGCUCGGGCUCACAAUAUGGUUCAAGGCCCAACAAUGAUCGCAAUGGUGGACCACCAUAUGGUCCCAGGCCAGACAAUGAUCGCAAUGGUGGCCCACCAUAUGGUCCCAGACCGGAUAAUGAUCGCAUUGGCGGAUCACAAUACAGUCCACGGCCAGAAAAUGAUCGUCAUCCCGGCUAUGCUCCACGUCCUGAAAAUAAUAAUGGCCAUAAUUCCUCUCCCUCGCCCUAUGGCUCUCGGCCAUCAUCACCACAGCCGGAUGGCUUUGUGGACUAUACAAAUCGCCCUGAUCCACCAUUAGACGGAUCUGCAAGACCUUCUACAUCAGCCCCCUAUGGUCCCAGUAAUGGUGGUAAUGGCUAUGACAACAACUAUGUCCGGCGUAAUGGCACAGCUGCCAGUCGUCCGCCGAAUGGUUAUCAUGAUGAUAAGAAAAUCAAUACCUAUUUUAAUCCGGAUGACUACUUGCCGGGUAAUAAAAAACGUCCUGGAUCCUAUGAUGAUAAUGAUCGUUUUGACAGCAAUCGUGCACCAAUGAAAGCUUGCUUUAGACGUGUGCUGGCCGGCAAGCGAGUUGCCCCACAUUGGGUGCGACGGACCAUAGCAUGUGAACGCGUCGAAGAGUGUAUGCGUGAAUGCGGCCGUGAAAAACGUUUCACCUGCGAGGGUUUCAAUUAUCGCCUCGAUCCUUCGGGUCAUGGUCAGGGUGAUUGUGAGCUAAUCGAAAUACCCUUGGCCCAAAUUGAUUUGUACUCCAGCGCUAAUCGUCGAGAUUCGAAUUUGUUGCGGCAUCCAGAUUAUGAUUAUUACGAAAGGGAUCGUAAUGCCCCACCCAGCUGUCGUUAUAAUGUGUGUAGAGAUUGUACCAGUAAAUUGCCACCUCCGCCCUUGGCACCCUCCUCAUCGCAUUACAAUAAGCCCAGUGGGGCAUGGAGUGACAAACCACCUUAUAGGGAUGAUCAUUAUCUACCCUCACCGCCAAGUGGAGGCAGCAGCGGCUACUAUAGUCGUCCUCCGCCCAGUAGCAGUAGUUCAUCAUUAGAACAUUAUGGCCCCUCUGGGCCAUCGGGUCCCUCAUAUGAGUCACAUGGUCGUCCACCCUAUUCCUAUGAACAUCACAGCGGUUCCCAUGAGUUCUCCUCGCAUAGCUCGGGUUACUACGAACAUUCUUCGCACAGCGGCUAUGGCAGCAGUGGUUCCGGUUUGGAGCCCAUCGAUCGUUAUGACAUACAUCAUGGUGGUGAUCGGGAUCGUGAUCGUUACAGGCCAUAUCCCUCGAAAUGGGAAGCCUUGCCCAGCGGCAGUGGCAGUGGUGGCUAUGAUGGUGGUAAGCAUUCCUCAGAACGUUAUCGUCCCCCCUAUCGUCCUGGUCCUGAGUACACACCAUAUCGCCCUUCAGGUUCCCAUGCACCGGAUUCAUAUCGUCCUGGUCCACCACCACCUUCCUAUAAUUAUUUAGAUCGUGAUCGUCCCCCGUCGUCCUACAAAAAAGGUGGUGGGAAAUAUGUGCCCUACCUAAUUGGUACCGAUAAUGAAUGGGGUUCCUAUGGUGGCAAUUAUGGUGGCUAUCGUAAUAAACAAACUGCCUAUUGGGGUCUUACAGAUCAUCGCACCAAGCCGAGGGAUCCCAUUGACUUUAACUAUUUCGAUUUGGGUCCACCGUCGCGCAAAGGUGAGCCGCCACAUGAAAGUAAUUCGGUUUUGAGUUAUCCCGGAUCCAGUUAUGGUGGCUAUAAUAAACACGAUGGCUUUUCGGAUCGUUUUGAUUAUCGUCAUCAAUGGACAAGGCGGCCGGGACCAGAUGAAUGUUCGGCAAAAACUUCGGAAGGUUUCCGUUUACACAAGAAGAUUGUAAAACACAUCUAUUCCGCGCCCAGCCUAACGGAAUGUGAACGUUUGUGUUAUGGCCAGGAUGCAUUUAUUUGUCACACCUUCUCGUAUCGCUAUUCGUCUGGUAGUCGGGACAAUUGUAUGUUGUGUGACAGACCCAUAAAUCGUUUGGAUUACUAUGUGGAUAUUGAACCGGAUCGUAAUUACGAUAUCUACUCGAUGUCAGAUGAUAUGAAUGUUUGCCGCAAACCAUCACGCAGUGAUGGACCACGAGGAGGAGGAGGCCCACCAACCACGGCCUUGGCAGAUCCCCGUAAUGCUCAAUGCUUCUUCCGUGCCAUUGAUGCCACCCGAUUCUUUAAGUCCAUUGUUCGCGAUUCGUUGACGGUACGUUCGGUGGGUGAAUGUGAAAUGGAAUGUAUAAAAUCAACGAAAUUCACCUGUCGUGCCUUUGCCUUCCGCUAUGGUCAAAUGCGCCAUGCUAGUGUUAUCGAUAAUUGUCAGCUCAGCGAUUGGCCCGUUCGGGAUAUGGACAAGGAACGUCAUCUGGUCUUGGAUAAGGCUUUCGAUAUUUUCGAACGUGCCAGUUAUGGACAUGGCUGUGAAAUUCAACCCAUUGUCGAUGAGAAACACAAGAAAUCAUUCUGUUAUUUGGGUUAUGGUUCGGCUGCCAAGCUAAUGCCACCGGCCAUAAAGAAAGUUAUAACCACGCCCUCCGAAAUGGAGUGUAAAAAGGAAUGUAUGCGGUUCCGGGAUACAACAGCAUUUAAAUGUUAUUCCUUUAGUUAUGGCUCACGCAAGGCCACCUUCAAUUGUGAAAUGUCCGAUUUGGAUCAAACCGAAUUGAAAUUAAAUGUCCAUUACAAACACACGGAGGAUAGAGAUUUUUGGUUAUUCGCAUGGAAUCCAUUCGAUUAUACAUGUCGGGAUAAGGUUAACACGAUAGGUGGUUCAAGGGUUAAUAAUAAUCGUCGCAUGGAUAUAUUUAGGGAACCAGGUGAUUUGGCUUGGCGCCAUUAUUCGGUAUCGGGCAAACCCUGUCGUCGCAGCAGUCCAUGUGAGAAAAAUCUAAUAACCGGUUUCUAUUCGUGUGAAAUUGAGGGUGGUGAAAUUGGUUCAUGGGAUUAUUGUUGUAAAAUGGAUCAUCCAUGUGGCUAUUCCAAGGGAUUCGAUUAUCCAUGGUGCUUUGUUGGCGAUGAACCCGAUCAAUGGCGUAAAUGUAGCGAUCGUUAUUUCCCCGGCAAUCAUACCCUAACACAUUCCGGCCUCAGUGUUAAACCUCUGAAGCCAAAUGAAAAACGAAAACCCUCCGAUAGCUAUUCAUCGGCCGCCUCAACAUCCGAAGAAUAUCAGAAGCCACCUAGACCUGGUGGCCUACAGAAUUUAAGUGACUUCACAGCAGCCCGUCUUUGGCCUGUGACCUAUCUCUACAGUGAGGGACCACCGAAUGCAACCGAGUUUAGUAAUUUCGUGGAUUGUAACAAGGAAUCGUGCUAA